AUGCGUCAACGACCAAUUACCGACUUUUUCAUGGCUGACGGAGCUACAGCGCCAGUUGCGGACGCACCGGAAGCACCACCCGUCCCGGUCAGUGGUGGACUGAUGCGCGGCGAGGACUUCAUCGAGGAGCCUGUUCAAGCUAUAGACGACACUCCAUUCGACCCCGAAGUAUUGCACCGUUUCAGAAUUCGCGCAGACCAGUGGACCAACCUACGGCGGACUGGACCUUGCGCCGAAGAAAAGCAGCGAUCUCUGGGAAACGCGCCCAAAGAAUGUGCCUGGUGUUUCACUUCGUGCAUGCACGGGUUGUACGCCUGCAAAGGAUGCAUCUUGAUUGCGCACGAGCGCCGCCCAGACCACGGGUUUGUCGAUGUUUGGAACAACCGCCGUUGGACACAGCUGGUCCCCAUUUCGGAGUUGGGAUACGUGUACCAAGUUGGCCACAUCAGCGCUACAAUGACGGACGAGUGUCCCAACCCGUCUCCCGAAACCACGGUUUCGAUGCUUCGUCGAGGUCGUCGGCGGAAGGACGACUUGCUCGGGGAUAUCCAGGACGACAAUCUUCCGAAUGCGACGACAACGUUCCUGGGGGAUGAACAAAUUCACAUUUCAGCGGAUGGAGCACGAGUCUUCACCGAUGUUGUCAACAGGGUCAAAAGAAAGCGCCCUCGUUUGGACGCGGAAGAGCUUCAAGAGCCUGACGAUCGCCUUUCUGGGUGGACUCCGAUGGGUGUUGGCGAUGAGGACGUCCGCGCGCUCGCACUCACAGUCUCAUCAUAUGAGACCGAGCCCGACAUGGAAGACGUGGGGUCUCAAAAUACGAGCGAGAAGGCCAAACGACGUCACUAUGCUAGUUCAGAUGAUCCCAUGUCUGUCUGGUUACCGCACGCGUCAACGUUCCUCGAUGAGCUAGUCCGGCGCGAUGGGCUAGCCGACUUCGUUCACAAGCCUUGUUGCGCGCAUUGCUCAGAGUCAAGCCCCGAAUCCCGGAUGUUUCGAUGUCGUCAUUGUGGGGACUACCUACAAUGCCAGUCUUGCACUGUCCGUGCCCACCAGACACGUCCAUUGCACGUCGUCGAGGAAUGGAACGGCCGGUUUUGGUGCCGGACAAACCUUUAUUCGGUGCUGCCCAAUUUCGAUGGCCAGAUUGGCCUUGGUUUGAUCUUCCAGGUCGGGCACCACGGACUUCCGUGCCCAAACCCCAGUGUGACGAAGCGCAUGGUGGUUAUUGACGUGCGGGGAGUGUUCACUCUUCGCGUGCGCACCUGCAAUUGUGAGCUGGGUCAAAGACGGAAUGUCCUACGGCAGCUGCUCGCUCACGGUUGGUAUCCUGCCACCACGACAGACCCAGAGACAUGCGCCACGCUAGAGGCUCUGGAACUCUUUCGACUCUUGCAAGUCGUCGGCAACAUCAAUGUCAAUGAUUUUGUCGGCUCGAUUGAAAGGUUGACGGAUGCGACCCGACUUGAGGCGACUCCGGAUCGUUACAAGGCGUUUUUUCGCAUGCAUCGUCAAUACACUUACCUGAUUCGGGCGAAACGGGCCGGGCGAGCACAUGACCCAGGCGGCCUUGCGGAAACCGCGACGGGGGAGUUGGCCGUGUCCUGUUGGGCAUGUCCUCAACCGGGGCGAAACCUACCGGAAGGUUGGAAACGAGUCGAUCGCUCGCAACGUUUCCUCUACAAGCUCAUCUUGGCAGUCGACGCGAACUUCCGACUGAAGAACCGCAUUCGAGCAAAUGAGCGUCAAGAUCCUGCCUUAGCGAAAGGCAAGGGGUAUUUUGUCCAGUCCGAGGCCUACAAGCGGCAUCUGCGUGAAUACGUGGCUGAGAAGGAGGUUCACAGCUGCGCCGCCUUCGCGGCCCUCAUCCAACAAGACACCAAAGUGACGACAGGCUUGAGGGUGUCGGGGGUAGGCGGUGUAGUGUGCGCUCGACACGGGCUCGUCCGGAAGCAGGGAAUGUGCGAUCUGCAGAAAGGCGAAAGAUACGCUAAUAUUGAUUACGUUGUCAUGGCCACGCUGCAAGGCGAGAAGGUCAUCAACGUGACCAUCAGCUACGACAUUGCCUGCCAUUGGCAGGUUCUCUUACCUGCCCGAGGUGAACGAAUCCGACAACGCGGCGAUCUCACGACGGACCUCUCCAAGUACAAGAUGCAGUUUGCCUUACCCUUACCGCAUGGAGUUGGGAAAACAGACGGAGAAGGCAUUGAACGAACUUGGUCGCUACUGAAUCCUAGUGCUUGGGCGACGAAGGAGAUGGGGGAAGGAGCUCGCCACGACACCUUGGAAGAUAAGAUUGACCAUCUCAAUUUCGAGAAGAACAUCGGGCAAGGGAGAAUCCUCAUGCGAAAGCUAAUCGUCGCUCUGGCAGAGCGGCGCACACAGGAGGAAGAAUUCGAAGAGAUGACUGAGAGCAUAUCAGAGGAGAAGGUUAAGGUCUGGGAGAGAAUGGUCAUCGACUGGGAGAAGGACCACCGAGAGCCGAACCCUUUCUUAAUCAUUGGGGGGAAAGAAGCGGGACCAUCCGAACGGGAGGUGAUGCAGCAACUGAAAGCAGCAGAAGUCGAGGAUGCACGCGCUGGUCGAGCACCAUUGGUUCCCGAGGGAAAGAUGACCGCCGCUGGUUUUGUCAAAGCUGGCCUUCAGCUCGAGGAAUCCCAACGUCGCAUCUUGGCAGAACUGAAGGCCAAGACACUCAUCUCCGCGGACCGCUCGAGUGCAAUCCAGGAACAGCGAUUUUCAUUGCACAAGCGAUUCAAGACAUUCCACGACCUACAACUGACUUACAUGCCUGGCGUAGAAGAUAUCCGGGCGAGCGACGAUGAAAAACGGAAUCCAGACGAACCUCCUCCCAAAGCAGAACAUCUCAAAAUCUAUCUGCCUUCCGAAUUGUCACCCGAUGAUCGCCGGCGCUAUUGUGGACGUGGGGUCGCUGAUGCAGAAACGAAAUUACGGUUGGGACAAUGUGCGGAUGCAUUGAUGUCGCUGAGAGGCUGCUUAUACACCAAGACCCACGUCAUCUAUUGGCGUAAUUCGAAUUCUGUGGCGCAAAAAGGAGCAACCCGGUCUGCGACGUUGUUGGAGCGCAUUGGGGAGCGUAUUGCGAGAGCGGCGUUGAAGUAUCGGAAGGCUUAUGAUGCCUUGGUCGCCUUGAAAGGCCAAGGCUUCUCCUCUGAGUUCCGGAAACUCGAGGACGCCGAUAUCAACGGGCGCGCAGGUGUCGAGAAUGACAUCUCCUCUGUCAAGAAACUACGCGCGGCGGAGUCUGCCCGGGCAUCGCGAAACGAGCCGACUCAAACUGCAAUCGAAGCGCGGGUCUCGUGGAUUUGGGGCAUCGCAGGGGGCACCGACAGAACAGAAUUGCAUGAUUCCGUGCGGGUUGACUGGACCAAGGCAAGGGCGCGGCGAGACAGAUGGCGCGAAGAAGUGGCGUUGAUACGCGAGGAGAUGAAGCGCGUGUUACGCUGCUUGGCGACAAUACAGAAGGAAUGGGAUGAGCGCGCAGGGGCAAGGGAUGAGGAAGACGUGGCAUUGUCCAGCGGCCUGCGUGCUUAUGCGCUACGCCAGUGCGCUAUGCACAAAAGGGUCGGAGAAGCUUUUUAUGAGAGCUGGAACAAAUCUGCGGCGAACGCGAGGGAACUGAUCGACGUACCAUUGCUUCGGGAUUUGCUGGCAGGAACGGCGGUGGAGCAGGUUGGCUGCGAAGCGGAUGAGCAGCGGGAGGUUAACGAUGUUGGUGACGCACAGGGAGAGUGUGGCCGCGCCAGACCCAGCAGCGACCGCGCCGCAGCGGGUCACACGCUGGCGCACGAAGCUCCAAGAGGCCUCCACAACCACAACCGCCACGACCACCUCGACGAGCACGAGAAGCUCAUGCUGAAUGCGCUCCGCGACCCAGGGAGAGCUGGACCCACGCGGCUUCAGCCAUGA